CGUGUUCGCCUCGCCUUUACCCCCGACAUCACCAGCCGGUUCCCACUGGAAGUUAGAAAAAGGGUCGUCUUCUUCUUCUUCUUCCAUGCUUUCCUUUCUCUUUUACCGAUUUGAUUGAGAAUUAUUGGAAUCGUGUUCCUUUUUACCUCACGUCUCUGCCAUAUAAAGCGCAGCUUCUUUAAUCGAGCAACAUCUUUCACUCUACUUUCUGAGCUGCUUGGAGUCUCUGACGCCAUGGCUUUGAGGAAUUCUCUGUCCAUCGUGAUCGCUGCUUGGAGUCUCUUUCUUGCCGUACCGUUCGCCAAGUCGCAGUCGUUCAUCGGGGUGAACUACGGGCAGGUGGCGGAUAACCUGCCGCCGCCUGAGGAGACGGCGCGGCUUCUCAAGUCCACCACUAUCUCCAAGGUCCGCCUUUACGGCGCGGAUCCGGCAAUCCUCCGUGCGCUCGCCGGCACCGACAUUUCCGUGGUCAUCGGCGCCGCCAACGGCGACAUCGCCUCCCUGGCUUCCGAUCCCUCCGCCGCCACCAACUGGGUCUCCGCCAACGUCCUCCCUUUCGUCCCCGCCACCUCUAUCUCCGUCGUCGCCGUUGGCAACGAGGCCCUCACCUCUGGCGACGCCACUCUCGCCUCCCAGCUCCUCCCGGCCAUGCAGAACAUGUACAACGCACUCUCCGCCGCCGCGCCCUCCGCCGGCAUCAAGGUCUCCACCGUCCACAUCAUGACGAUCCUUGCCCAGUCCGAUCCGCCCUCAUCCGGAGCCUUCCACGCCGACCUCGUGCCGGCCCUCAAGGGCGUGCUCGCUUUCCUGCAGAAGACGGGGGCGCCCUUCAUGAUCAACCCCUACCCCUACUUCGCCUACCGGAGCGACCCGCGGCCGGAGACACUCGCCUUCUGCCUCUUCCAGCCCAACGCCGGGCGGCACGACGCCGGCUCGGGAGUUACCUAUAUGAACAUGUUCGACGCGCAGCUGGACGGGGUGGGGUCGGCGGUGGCGGCGGUGGGCUUCAAGGGAGCAGAGAUCGUGGUGGCAGAGACGGGGUGGCCGUACCGUGGGGACGAGGGGGAAGUAGGGGCGACGGUGGAGAACGCCCGAGCCUACAACGGCGGUCUGGUGUCGCACCUGCGCUCCCUGGCGGGCACGCCCAUGGCGCCCGGGAAGUCGGUGGACACAUACAUCUUCGCUCUCUACGACGAGGACCUGAAGCCCGGGCCAACCUCGGAGCGCUCCUUCGGCCUCUUCCACCCUGACCUCACCCCCACCUACGACAUCGGUCUCGCGAGGUCGUCCUCCUCCUCCACCCCCGCCCAGGGGAACGGCACGUCAGUGCCGAGGGCGGCGGCUGCGAAGGGGUGGUGCGUGCCGAGGGAGGGAGCGACGGACGCGGAGCUGCAGGCGAACCUGGACUACGCGUGCGGGCAGCCGGGAGUGGACUGCCGUCCGAUCCAGGAGGGCGGAGCGUGCUACCUCCCCAACACCGUCCGAUCGCACGCCGCGUACGCCAUGAACCAGUUCUACCAGGCAUCCGGCCGCAACUCCUGGGACUGCGGCUUCAGCGACUCCGCCGUCCUCACCACCGACAACCCCAGUUACGCGACCUGUGUGUAUGCUGGAGGCCAGUGAGACGAAGCUGCCAAGACUGGGAACUGUCUUUGAUGCAGAGAAGAAUAAAAAGAAGAUUAGCUUUUGUUAGCUUAAAGAUGGUGGUGUGCUUAGUGGUGGGCGCAGGAGAUGCGUGGAAUCUAGAAAGUUGGGUUAAGGAGACUUCCUUCGAGUCCGUCUUCCCAAUUAUCGAAGGUGAGGUGGAAGUUUGGAGUCUCUCUCUCUCUCUCUCUCUCUCUCUCCGUGUGAUGGCUAUCUCAUGAACCAUAUGAUUGUACUACCUCUUCUUCCACGGACUGCAUUAAAUUUCCCAUGUUCCUGUGAUCGAAUAAUGGAAUAGUGAAUGUAAGUUGUGCUGUUGUUGACUUUUACCGCA